GUCCAACAGGCACAGGAGUGUAUUGAGCAGUUGCUGGAGAACGUGAAAGUUAUACAGGAAGAACGGGACCAAGCCCUGGCUAAAUUGAGCGCCCUCUUGGAUGACAACGGUGCUAGUAAAACAUCACCGGUUCUAAAUCAGAACGUUGAAGACGCUACUUAUAAUGCUACACCCGAGAAACCAAACCACAAACCUGCAUCCACAGAAUCUUGGCGAAUGCGGAAUCUCUCAAGGGCUCUGCGAGCAAGAACCGCGGAAUUGCGACGAGAGCAGGCCACUUCAGGAGAGCUGCGGGAAAGGUUGCGAUUCCAGGAGGAACGACACAAGCGAGCUAUGUGGAAGCUCAGGCGACUCGAAGAAAGGAGUCGAAAAUUAGUUAGUCAACACUCUUGUCGGCAGGACAACUCUCAACUACUGGUCCACAAUGAGGCGGCUCACCUCCAGUGCAAGAAUCUAGCCAAGGAGUUGCGAGCUUUGGCGACCUCAAAGGAAAAGAGCGCGCAAUUGGCUGGACGUCUUGCGAAGACCUACGAGUCCCUGGUGGUUAAAUCACGUGCCAGUCACCGCCAGGCUCAGCGGAAGGAUGCUGUGAUUUCUGUGAGUUCUGACACCAUUUAA